GGGGAGAUAACACACAUCUAUAUAAUCAAUUUAUUAUCACUACUAAAUCAUAAAAAAAUAAUUAUGGAAAUGCAGAAUUUUUGAAUAAAAAAUAUAUUCUGAUUUUACCACGCCACUGCAAUCAGACACUUCGGUUCAAGUAGUAAAAUUACGAGUAUUUUUAACAUGCUGUGUUUGUGUGUAUCAUAUCAAAGUUAUAUCAAUUUUCAUAACUAGUACUCUUUCAAAAGUUAAACCGGUACAUAGUCAAUGAGGUUUUACAGUUCUGGUAAUUUUUAAAACUACCUAUUUAUUGUAAAACUGUGAUAAAAAUAGAUAUAAUACGUCAUGAGUUUUAAUCCUAACGAGCACCAACAUUUAAGAUACAACCCUUUAAAAGACGAUUGGAUUCUUGUAUCACCCCAUAGAGCUCUAAGACCAUGGAGUGGCCAAACUGAAACACCUGCUAUUGAAAAAGUUCCAAAAUUCGACCCAAGCAACCCCCUAUGUCCUGGAGUCACUAGAGCUUCUGGAAAAGUCACUCCUAAGUACGAAUCAACUUAUGUUUUUGAAAAUGAUUUUCCAGCUCUUUUGGAAGAAGGACCAGAACCAGAACCUUCUGAUGACGAGCUUUUCCAGACCAAGAGUGCUAAAGGGACUUGUACUGUAAUGUGUUAUCAUCCACACUCUGAUGUAUACUUUACCAGUUUGUCUAAAAAGGAAAUUCUGGAUAUUAUCAAUGAAUGGAUUAAACAGACUGAGAUACUGGGCAAGAAAUAUGUUUGGGUGCAACUGUUUGAGAAUAGAGGUCAGAUGAUGGGAUGUUCGAAUCCACAUCCUCAUUGUCAAAUAUGGUCAACUAGUUUUCUACCGAAUGAAGCAAGAAUAACAGACUUGAAUUUACGAAAAUACUACCAAAAGCAUCAGCGGCCCUUACUACAAGACUACUUAGAGAAAGAACUCAAAAAGAAAGAAAGGAUAGUAGUGGAGAAUAAAGAAUGGUUAGUCGUGAUCCCAUAUUGGGCUGUAUGGCCUUUCGAGACCAUGGUACUUCCCAAAAGACAGAUCCUACGUUUCACAGACACAGAUCAAGCUCAGAGAGAAGCCCUAGCUGAAAUCCUACCGAUUCUGGUCUCCAAAUACGACAAUCUCUUCAAAUGUAACUUUCCUUACUCGAUGGGAUGGCAUGGGGCACCUACAGGAGAGAAAUUGAACCAAUGCCAGCCUCAUUGGACGUUUCACGGACUAUAUUAUCCUCCGUUGUUGAGAUCGGCGACUGUAAAGAAGUUUAUGGUGGGCUAUGAGAUGUUGGCGCAGGCGCAGAGGGAUCUGACUCCCGAGAAAGCUGCGGCGUUGUUACGGGAACAACAAAAUGUUAGGUUUAAGACUGAGUAAAUGUGUCCCUCUUGUUUAUUAAAAAAAUAUAACAUGUUGAUUUAAAUAUUUAAUUGAGCUUUUACUCUAUUCUUUUUUAAUUAAAAAUACUUUAGGCUAUGUCAAGAUGUGACUAAUUUAUACAAGUUAAUAAAACUCAGUGUUACAUUUACCUAAAACAAUA